UGCAAGGCCGCCAACAAAUAGCAAGGCUUGCAUUUGUUUUGAUGAGUACCUCUAGUGCAACUAGUGAAUGUGAAGGCAACAGUGAUUCUGUUCAUACCAUGGAUGUUGAUGAAUCUGACGACACUGAUGAUGAUUACAUAGUGGCAAUGCUUGGUCUGGACUACAUGGCAUCAUCUGGUAUGAACAAGAAGAAGAUUACUACUACGAUAGCAAGGAUGACUGGAAUACAGUGGGUUGAGUUACAACUACAAGAUCCAGUGGAGUGCUUUAACAUGUUCAGAAUGAGGAGGUCAGUUUUCUUAAGCCUUCAUGACACUUUGGUGCAAGAUUAUGGAUUGAGAUCAAGUAGACAAUUUUGUAGCAAGGAAGCACUAGGAAUGUUUCUAUGGGCUUGUGGUGCACCUCAAUCUUUUAGGCAAUGCAAGAAUAAUUUCCAUCGCUCAUUAGAAACUGUGAGUAGAAAAUUUGAAGAGGUUCUUGAAUCUAUCAUGAGAUUAGCUGUUGACAUUGUGAGGCCUAAGGAUCCGCAAUUUUCUACUAUUCAUCCUAAACUACAAGAAGCAAGGUUUUGGCCUCAUUUCAAAGAUUGCAUAGGAGCAAUUGAUGGUACCCAUAUACCCGUAACUGUGCCAUUAGCUGAUCAACCGAAAUACAUUGGUCGGCAUGGGUAUCCUUCACAAAACGUCAUGGCGGUUUGUGACUUUGAUAUGCGGUUCACAUUUGUUGUCACUGGUUGGCCUGGUUCUGUCCAUGAUACUCGUGUAUUAUUGGACACGCUUGUCACAUACAAGGAUCAAUUUCCACAUCCUCCCGAUGAAAAGGAUUUCUUGCACCCUACAAGGGACAAAGGUAUCAUGUUUCCGAAUGGCAGCAUGGUCAGCAUCCGGUAG